GCCCGAACCAACGUAUAAUAUCGCGUACAAUUUUUUUUUGACGCCGUCGUUGUCGUUGUCGUCGUCGUUGUCGUUGAUAAUUGUUGUUGUGCAUAGAACGCGCAAUGUAUUAAUGAUAGUUGUGCUUUUUGUGUUCGACUCUUCACACUUAUAUUCAUUCAGUAACAACUCACAAUCGAAUUCACGACCGAUUUUUCCCUUUAUUUUGUUUAUUAUUUAAGUUUUUUUGUUGAAAAUUUGUCGUUUUCCACGCAAAAAAAGAAACAGUGUACCAAACAUCGAAAGAAAUAAAAAGCGACAAAUAAAACACAAAAAUACGGAUUCUACAAAGUGGCGGCCAAAGCAAAAGUAGCAGCAGUUGAAGUAGCAGCAAACAAUUCACCAUUUUUUUUUUCGAGGGAAUUUUUCCAAGUGCCCGACAGACACACCAAAAUUUACUAACUUAUCAAAAUGCUGAGAAACUCAGAACAGUAUCUCGGUGAACGAUGAAAAAUCGGAUCCAAUGAAGUGAGUGUGUGUUAGUUGUUGUUGUUGUAUCUCUCUAUAUUUUUCAUUUCAUAGCGAAUUAAGUGUUUAUCGAAAGUGACAGAUACAAUACAGGAACUGAAUACAACAAAGCAAAUUUAUAUGCCUGAAUAAUUGCACAUUCAUUCAAUUUAAUGCAAAACUUGCGAAUUUCUUUGUUACGAGCGACGGUUUGCAAGUGAAAUGACUCAGAAACAAUGGAAUAGUAAAUUACAAUUAGGGAGUUCAAUGCGGCAUAGAAGCAUCAACCUGAAGACAGUUAAAACCAUAAGAAUUCGCAACAGCUACACCACCAUUUGACGCGAACAAUCGUCCAAUGUGUGAUUGAUUAGAGAGAAGAAGUAGCAGAAAAUAAACGAAUCAACAUAUUCAUCAUAUCAUUUAACAUAUGUCUGUGUACUUUAUAGCCCAUUUGGAACAAUUAAACAUCGAGUGAAAUAUAGCAAAGGCGAUUAAGUUCAAAAGAAGAAGUAGAAGAAGAAGAAGACGACGACGACGAAAGAAAAAAAAUAUAUUAAUUAGCACUUCUAAUACAAUAAAAGGCACUGUGUGUUUGCAGCGAUACGACGAAAACAGGGCAAUUACGUUGACAAAAUUCAACGAAACGAAAAGUGAGUUUUCUGCGCGAGCCAGAGUGAGAUGGAGAGAGAGAGAGAUAGAGAGUGACAACGACUCGGCUAGUGAUUCGAUAACCCGUAUCUAUGUGUGCUGUAUAUUUGUGUUUAUGUAAGUGCCGACCAACCGAUGAAAGGAUGAUGAAUAUUUGUGUUGAGUGAGUCUAUGGCCGUUAAAAGAUUAUGCAAAGAAAACCGAAAAAGGAACAAAAUAAAACACUCAGCCAAGAAGAAAAGAGUAAACGUCAAACAACAAACACACACACACACACACACACACACACACACACACACACACACACCAACAAUAUAGAAAAAAUCAAAUCGUAACCAGCGAACAAAGUGCUCUUUAUUACUGACUGUUUCGGGGCGUAUGUAUGAAAUUCAUUCUUCACUUUAACGUCGACAGUGAAGUGAGUGUUUAUUGUUGUUGUUUAUUUUCGAGAUAAAGAAUUGUUAAUUUUUUUUCGAAAUAGUUGAUUUGUUGGUCGGACGAAUGGUCGUACGGCUCAAGAAUCAAAAGUCGAAUAAUAACAAAGGUAAGCAGCAGCAGCAGCAACAGCUUUGAAGGUGAAGCGAUACGAUACACAAAAGUUACGUACAGAGAGACCUGUUUGAAUAAUAGCAACAACAACAAAAAAAAUUAUCCGCGUUAAGUGAGACAUGUGAAUGUGGUGUUUCAUCUUUCUUUAUUCGUUCAUUUUUAUAUGAUAAAUAUUUGUGUUUAUAACUUGCAUUGGUGUUAAUCACCAUCAAAUAAACGACGACGACAACAACAAAGGACAAUUGUGGCUGUGCUAAAACGAAAACAGAAAUAAUUCAUUCGUCGUUUCAACUAAAUAACAAAACAAAAGCGAAAUCACAGUGUGCAUCAUCGUAAUCAUCAUCAGCAGUAGCAGCAGCAACAAAUUGGAGAUUCAUUACGGCAUAAAGAAACAAUAAUAAUAAAAACACAGUGUGUGCAAUCAUUUUGAAGUGGUAUAUGCAUGUGGAAAACAAUUUGGCCAUGCUCUCGUCGAUGCCUAACACCAUAAAGCGACUUUAGUUUGUGUGUGUGCUUCAUUUUCUUCGAACAAAUCGACAAUGCCAAAUUUAACAAUCCAGUGAUUUUAAGCCUGACACAAUUUUUCCGCCGUCAAUUUUGUAUUUCGGUUUUUGUUAGUUCCUUCGUUCGUUCGCGUUUGUUUGUGUUUGCGUUGUUCCGUUUUGUUUUUCGUUUUUCGGCCACUCAAAUUGUCGUCCGUGAACAGAGCGUUGCCGAGUGAGAGCGACAGAGAGUGAGUGAGUGAGUGAGAGAGAGAGAGAUAGAGAGAGAGAGAGGAGGUGCGCGAGAGCGCGAGCGUGCCAAUCGCAGCAAUUGUGGCGCCAAACCACACCGAAACCGGGAAAAGCAUGCCAAAGGAAUCAUCGUCGAUUGAUGAGCUCCAACGAAAAUGUCACCGAUGAUAUAUACUAUUUAUGGAUUUGCGAUAUUCUUCUUCGUAUUUUGGUGCGGCAAAUGGCUAUUACACGUACUUGCCAUUAGCUAUGGCAAAUAUAAAUUACAUCGCAGAGUUAAGGUACCGGUAAUAAAGUCAUCGAAUCAAGCGGAAAUUGUACAAGCCACCGAACAGCAACAGCAGCAGCAGCAGCAGCAGCAACAACAACAGCAACAAACACAACAACAAACACAACAGCAACAGCAACAGGAACAACAAUCAUCUACAUCAACGGCGACAUCAGCCAGCGCGCAAUUGUCAUCCACCAUCAAUUUAGUUAGAGAAACACCACUGCCAUCGAUAUCAAUUCUAAAACCGCUUAUGGGCGUCGACCCAAAUUUGCAGCAAAAUUUGGAAACAUUUUUUACUAUGAACUAUCAAACGUACGAGCUUCUAUUUUGUAUUGAGGAUAAAUGUGAUCCAGCUAUUAGCGUCGUGGAAACAUUGAUGCACAAGUAUCCAAUGAUCGAUUCGAAACUAUUCAUUGGUGGAUCGAAUGUGGGAGUCAAUCCAAAAAUAAAUAACAUGCAACCAGGGUAUGAGGCAGCUAAGUAUGAGCUGGUUAUGAUAUCGGACAGCGGUAUUCGAAUGAAAGAGGAUACAUUACUCGAUAUGGUCGAGUAUAUGACCAGCAAAGUGGGCUUAGUUCAUCAGAUGCCAUUCACUUGUGAUCGCGAAGGAUUUGCCGCCACAUUCGAAAAGAUAUUUUUCGGAACCGUUCAGUCGCGCAUCUAUUUAUCGGCCGAUUUAUUGGGCAUCAAUUGUCAUACGGGCAUGUCGUGUCUGAUGCGAAAAAAUGUACUUGCCGAAUUGGGUGGGCUGCAAGCGUUCGCAUGCUAUUUGGCCGAAGAUUUUUUCAUUGCACAAGCGUUUAUGGAUCACGGUUGGAAGCUGACCAUAAGCAGUCAGCCGGCAUUACAAAAUUCCGGUAUUUGUGAUAUAUCCACGUUUCAGGCGCGUUUAAUGCGAUGGGUUAAAUUGCGCGUCGCUAUGUUACCCACAAUGAUUCUAUUGGAACCAUUAUCCGAAUGCAUGAUACUGGGUGCAUUGGCUUCCUGGUCCGUUUCGGUUCUGUUCCAUUGGGAUGCACUCGUUUUUUAUUUAGUACACAUUCUGAUGUGGUUACUCAGCGAUUGGCUCAUGUUGUCAAUUGUACAAAAUGGCACGUUACCAUUCAAUAAAUUUGAAUUUGUCGUCGGUUGGCUACUACGCGAAUGCACUGGACCAUACCUAUUCUUUAAUGCACUAUGGAAUCCGGCGAUUCGAUGGCGUGAACGCGUUUUUCGUUUGGCUUGGGGUGGCAUCGCAUACGAAAUUAAGGAUGACGGUGAUAAUAGUAAAUGUGCAAUUGACGAGAGUGAGGAGAAAUUGCAUAAGCCAAGCAAAGCAUCGCCAAUAAAUGUAUCCGCGUGUGAGGGAACAAUUAGUUUAAGAAAUCAAGCGCCAUUGUCACACAAUGGUGUGAAUAAUGUUGAGCAUGGAGGUGUGAGUUGGUGUGAGAAAUCAAGUUCGUUAAGUAAUAAGUCUUCAAUCAACGAUGAUUAUUCGUUGUCAUCGCAACAUCGAAACGCUUGCAUUUCGAUAUCGGUUGGGAUGGAUGCCUAAGCUGAAAACAACAAAAAUCGACAUGAAAUAAACAUUUAAAAAAAAAUAAAUAAAUUUCGUCACUCUAUGCUGGCCCGAACCGGCUUUUUCGUUGCCGCCGCCCCUAUUCACUGUGCUCUUCAAUUGCCUAACUAGUUGAAUAUAAGGAAGAGUAGAGUUUCGACUGCUGAUUCACAAUCGAUGAAAAUAGUUUUUCGUUCAAUCGAUGGAAUGAGAUUGAAUUAUGGGGUCAACAAUUGCAACAACACCAUGCACGCAUCGGGAAGCAGACAUCUUUAGAAAUACUUAAAACAAAGCCGUAAUAGCUCUCACUCCCAUUCAUCCAUCCAUUUACGAGAUCAUCAUUAGCACACACACACACACAAACACACCGAGAGACUUUUGAGUGUGUCACUACCUAGAAACGCCAAUAAAUGAAGAAAAAAAACAACAGCAACAAAAUUCAGAGUAUUUUUACCUCAUAAUUAGUACUUACAUUUUUAUGGUUCAAUUACUUGUUUUUCUGCACCGCAAACUUAAUUUUCCAUUUUCAUCAUCUCACCAAAAAAAAAAAAAAAAAAACACACACACACACCAAGCAUUAGUUAAUGGAGGAUUCAUCGUCCCUUGUUUCGAUUGAACAAUGCGCAAGCACACACAAAUUCUACAUUAAAAUAAAAUACAAAUAUAAUAACAAAAAAAAAA